UUGAAAAUAACGUCUCUUAAAACGAGUAGAAGUUCGAAUUUUCGAAAAUUGCGAAGUGUUUCAUUGAGUUGUGUGAUUUUUAAACAAACCAAGUCUAUUUUACUACGAUGUCUCAACAACAAACGAAAAACAGUAUAACACUAAAAGGAUCUGCUCAAAUAAUUUGCGAAUAUCUAAGGUUUGCCAUCAAUUCAGUUUUAUUUCAAAGGGGUCUGUACCCACCGGAGUCAUUCAAAGCAGAACAAGAGUAUGGUUUAACAUUACUUAUAUCUGAGGAUCCACUUAUCAAAGGAUUUAUUUCAGACAUCUUAAAAAAGAGUGAAGAAUGGAUUCUCAAAAAGGAGGUUAAAAAGCUUUCACUUGUUAUAAUCAAUGUUUCAAAUAGAGAAGUACUUGAAUGUUGGGAUUUCAAUGUUCAGUAUGAGGAAGGGGAUGUUGUGUUAUCAAAAGAGAAAAACGAGAAAGUAAGCAGCAAGGAUUUGAAGAAAAUUCAGCUUGAAAUAAGAGAUGUUAUGUUACAAGUGGCCGCGACUAUAUCUUACUUGCCACUGUUGGACUGUAGGUGUUCAUUUGAUAUUUAUGUUCAUGCCAACCCUGAAUGCAACAUACCUGAGAAAUGGAUGGAAGCUGCCCCCAUCUGUAUAUCUAAUGCUCAAAAUGUGCAACUCAAAUCAUUCUCAACUAAUCUUCAUAAGAUGGAUACUGUUGUUACUUAUAAGCUUAUGGAUUAAGAUUGUUAAUUUUAUGAAUGUAAUUUUCCGAACAAAACUCAAAAUGUUGAUUACUACAGCUUGACUGAAAUUUAAGAGUUUUAAUAUUUUUUUUAUUUAUGCCCUGAAACAAAUAUGAACAACAAAUAUUUUAAAAUAAAAUAAAUAGGAAAAGUGUUGAUUUUCUAAAAUUUCCGGUAAAAGAGAAUCAAAUUUUAGUAUCAACAUUUUGAAUAAAGUGCUACGCUGUCGUAUUUAAUGUAAGAAUUUAUUUCAAUAAUUAUGAUAUUGUAAUUGGCCUAAUUCGUUUUUUUAAUUUAUUUAUUAGUAAUUAGUACCAAAGAUAUAUUGGCAGUUAACAGAAUCAAAAAGCAAAACAAACGGCUUAGGAAAAUUGUUAUGAUUAAAAUAACAGUUUUGCGUAAUGUUUAGUGACACUUUUAGUUUUCUUUCUGAGCAUACUUAACAUUAUUAGAUUACAGUGUGUUAAAUAGUAUUUCAUUUAAAAUUAAGUUAAGUAAUUUAAGU